AUGCCACCCAUCCGCGUCGGCUUCUUGGGUCUGUCUAGCUCAGGCUGGGCACCUGGUGCUCAUCUUCCAUUCUUGAAGCACAGCGACAAGUACCAGAUCGUAGCUAUCUGCAAUAGUUCGGUGGAGAGCUCGAAAGCGGCGAUCAAGAAGUACGAGCUGCCUGAGAACACGAGGGCCUAUGGUGAUCCCGAAGAACUCGCCAAAGACAAAGAUGUCGACCUUGUUGUUUGUAGCGUGCGCGUAGACCGUCAUCUCGCCACUGUUAGCCCCAGUUUGAGAGCGGGCAAAAACGUAUUCGUUGAAUGGCCUCUGGGAAAGAACCUCGCGGAGGCCAAAGAGCUGCUUCGCCUCAAGAAUGAAGGCGGAGUCAAGACCGCUGUGGUUGGAUUACAGGCAAGACAAAGCCCGGUUGUGAGAAAGCUGAAGCAGCUUGUUGAUGAUGGAAGAGUCGGGAAGGUAUUGAGUAGUACUUGGACAGGCCAGGGUGGAAAUCUGGGCCCAACUGUGCAGGAAGGUUAUGCCUAUCUAUCUCAACGAGAGGUUGGUGGCAAUCUGGUCUCGAUUCAUUUCGGACACUCCAUUGAUUACAUCCAAGCCGUACUGGGCUAUGGCUUCACACCCGCCCCCAAGACACUGCUCGCGUCUCGCCGUUCACACCAGAAACUCCUUUCAUCUUCCAACGAACUGAUCAAAGAAGAGCACCCUGUAACAUCCGACGACACAAUCUUUCUCCACGGAAGUCUCACGACUGGAGUCCCUCUCGCAUUCUCCCUCCGUGGCGGUAAGCCUUUCAAAGACGUCCCCGGUCUCGAUUGGCGCAUCUACGGCGAGACAGGUGAGAUUCGUGUCACUUCCUCUGGACCUUUCCUCAACGUAGGAUAUCCCGAUGUCAAGAUCUCCAUUUCAGAUUUUGAUCUGUAUGGCGGAGACAGCAAGGAUACAGUGACCGUAGAGGUUGAGAAAGAUGAGUUUGAUGGAGAUAGCUGGGGCCUCCCAAGUAAAAAUGUGGCUAGGAUUUAUAGGGAUUUGGCUGAAGGGAGAGUGAAUUGUAGUUUCGAGGAUGCGGUGGAGGGGCAUGAGUUGAUUGACGAAAUGUACAAGGAGAAUGGGAUCGUGUUUUGA